GCCCAACUCUAAGCAAGCGAACACAACUCAAAAGUCAAAGCCUCGUAUACAAGAGCAACCGUAGCUACUAAUUAAGCUCUCUAGCACUACACUGAAGACCGGGUCGACCUGAUGGAGCAGGUGACGAAGCUAGCGGGGCAGCGGGCGGUGGUGAUCUUCGGCAUGAGCUCAUGCUGCAUGUGCCACACGAUGACGAGCCUACUCCGGGAUCUCGGGGCGAACCCGACGGUGGUGGAACUGGACGAAGACCCUAGGGGGAAGGAGAUGGAGAAGGCGUUGGUGCGGCUCCUCGGCCGGAACCCUGCUGUGCCGGCCGUAUUCAUCGGCGGCAGGCUCGUCGGAUGCACCGACAAGGUCAUGUCCCUUCACCUCAGCGGCAAGCUUGUCCCGCUGCUUCGUAAUGCAGGUGCUGUCUGGGUGUAGCAUGGGAGGGUUUUGUAGAUAUUCGGCCUGAUGCAGAGAAUAAUGUAAUACACGUACCUGUACGUUGCUCUGUUAUCCUUUCUGUAUCAGGUGAUGAUGGAGCCCAAGGAAAUCAUGCAGGUGUUUCUUUUUUAUAAACUGUACCUGGGAAUACCUGUCCUGUCAAAGUGUUAAGCAUUAUAAUUAGUGUUGUCUUA